AUGGGCGGCAUAUGCUGCAAGCCAAAUAAGAUUGAUUUCGAUGGCCCAGUCGAUCUGUGGCAUUUCAGCCUCCUUAGAGCUGUAGGAAAGGGCGCUUUCGGAAAGGUCCGUGUCGUACAGCACAAGCACACUAAGAAACUCUACGCGCUCAAGUACAUAAACAAAGAAAAAUGCGUUAAAAUGCGGGCUGCCGAUAACAUAAUCCAAGAACGUCGCUUGCUUGAGGAAAUUGACCAUCCUUACGUCGUCAACUUGCGCUACGCCUUCCAAGAUGACGAAAAUCUCUUUAUGGUCAUCGAUUUAGAACUUGGCGGUGACUUACGCUUCCACCUCGAGCGUAACGGCGCGUUUGAUGAACGCUCUGUCAAAAUCUACAUCGCUGAGAUCGCACUAGCCCUAGACUACUUGCAUCAGAGACGCAUCGUUCAUCGCGAUGUGAAGCCCGAUAAUAUUCUCCUAGACGAUGCUGGUCAUGCCCACCUUACUGAUUUUAACAUCGCUUGCUUCCUUGGAAAACGCCCGCUUACCGGCGUCGCUGGAAGUAUGGCGUAUAUGGCUCCAGAAGUGCUGGAAAAGAGAGGCUAUUUCACUACUGUCGACUGGUGGUCACUCGGUAUUGUCGCCUUCGAGCUCAUUUUCAAUAAGAGACCAUUCAGAGCCAAGACAAACUCAAGUCUCACAAACGCUAUCAAGACACAAGAGCUCAUUUUCCCUGAAGAUGCUAAGGAAAAGGUUUCACAGGAAGGAUUGAGCGCUAUCAAUGGUCUCUUGGAACGCGAUCCUGAUCAUAGACUGGGUUGCAGUCAAGAUGGCGGCUUUGAAGCUCUCAUGGCUCAUCCCUGGUUCAAGACGCUUGAUUGGGAGAAACUACAGACCAAGCAAGAAAUGCCUAACUUUUUACCAGACUCAAAGAAAGCAAAUUUUGACGCUACACAUGAAUUGGAAGAGCUGUUGCUGGAGGAUAACCCCCUCAAAGCCAAGAAACGUGACCCGAAGCGGGAUGUUACACAACUAGAACCUGCGUGGGUGAAGAUGGAGGAAAAAUUUGGCGUGUACGAUUACACGAAGAUGCGGAGAAAAAGCUAUUUCAGACCAAAUGGUGACCCAACAGAGACAAUAACAAAACCGGAUCAACCACUAGUAUCAAUUGAAGAACAGCCGAACCAGUCUUCUACCCUUACAAAUUUGAAUGCUUAA